CAGUGUUUGGAGGCAAGCAACAAAGUCAAGGAAUUCUGUCGCACACGGUGUCGGAGAGUUCUCUUUGUUCAAUAUGGUGACUUCGAGCACAGAUGCGCAAGCGUCAGGUCUUGCCGAUGGAUUGACCCCGGCUCACACUUACAUUCCCAACCAAGGGUAUGUGAAUGCUGAUGGCAGUCUCCCCGCUAUGGCGGGGCAAGAUCCUGAGGCGCAAAACGGCGAGGGCGACGAGGACGAGUUCUACGACGACAUUUUCGAAGACGAGGAAGAGGAAGAUAUGGAUGAAGAAGAUUUCAACUCCUCCAACCCAUCGGAUCUCACGAAAGCUUACAAUCGUCAACGGAAGGUCAACGAACUCGCCGCCGAUCCCAAUGUCCCCAAGUGGACAUACCCGAAGACAAACUCCCAGAAACCGACUGUCAAUACACACGCCCUGGUAGACGACCAGAUCAAGUCUCUGACGAAACAUGCGGGCAAGAUCAAGUUGGACGACAUGCAGUCGGGCAUGGCAGCCCGUGGUGACCGCGGUGGCGACCGUGCCGACAGAGCGACCUCCGAACAGGUCCUGGACCCCCGGACACGAAUGAUUCUGUUGCAGAUGAUCAACCGUGAGAUUGUGUCAGAGAUUCACGGUUGCUUGUCGACCGGUAAAGAAGCCAACGUCUACUACUCCAUCUCCUACCCCAACGCCGACGACCUCACCCCCGUACACCGCGCCAUCAAGGUCUACAAGACGAGUAUUCUGGUGUUCAAGGACCGCGACAAAUAUGUGACGGGUGAAUUCCGCUUCCGCGGCGGAUACAGCAAGAGCAACAACCGCGCUAUGGUCAAGCUGUGGGCGGAGAAGGAAAUGCGCAACCUGCGCCGCAUCUACUCCGCCGGCAUCCCGUGCCCGGAGCCCGUCCACCUGCGCCUCCACGUCCUCGUCAUGGGCUUCCUCGGUAAUUCGAAGGGUGUCGCCGCCCCGCGCCUCAAGGACGUCGAGUUCGAUAUUCCCGACCCGGACGCCAAGUGGCGCGAGAUCUACCUGGAGCUGCUUGGCUACAUGCGCGUCAUGUACCAGACCUGCCACCUGGUCCACGCCGAUCUGAGCGAGUACAACAUGCUCUACCACAAGAACAAGCUGCACAUUAUCGACGUCAGUCAGAGUGUCGAACACGACCACCCGCGCAGUCUCGAGUUCCUGCGCAUGGACAUCAAGAACAUCAGCGACUUCUUCCGUCGCAAGAACGUCGACGUCCUCCCCGAGCGCACCCUCUUCGAGUUCAUCAUUGCCGAAGACGGCCCUACCACCCACACCCCCGUCGAGCCCAUGCUCGAAGCCAUCGAGCACCUGUAUGCUACCCGCGGCGAGAAGGGCGACGAGGUCGACACCGCUGUCUUCCGCCAGCAGUACAUCCCUCAGACCCUCGAGCAAGUGUACGACUUUGAGCGCGACGCUGAGCAAGUCCGCGCUGGUAAGGGCGCAGACCUGGUCUACCGGGAUCUUCUCGCCGGCGGCAAGCCAUCCGCCGCCGCCGACCACGAGGAGGAGGACGACGAAGAGGCCAGCGACGCCGGCUCCGAUGUAAGCGGCGGCGUCUCCGUCGAGGGCGCCGAGCUCCAGGACGGCGAGGUCGACCCCUUCGCACCCAAGCCUCCACGCGGCAAGCGUUUCGAGGACAAGGACGAGAAGCGCGACCACAAGCAGAAGGUCAAGGAGGAGAAACGGGAGAAACGCGCCAAUAAGAUGCCCAAGCACAUGAAGAAACGCCUGGUAUCGUCAUCCACGCGCAAGAAGAAAUAAACUAGACCUUCACAUCCAUCGGUGUCUAUCUUCUUACGUUUUUUUUGUUUUGGAUUUGAGGAACACAUCUCAUCCUCUGCCGAGUGCCUCCAGGGAGAGAAAAAAAGCUCAUUUGUUUAUUUUCGCACGAUCUCAUGAUGAUACUUGAUGACUCCGGGAUUCUUUCUUCUGUUUGUGUCUUUGUGUUUGGGUCGUAAUGGUUGGUGUUGUCCAUGUCUAUAAAUCACCGGGGAGCAAAUAGAUACAUAUACAUGAUAAGUGGGAGCGUCGAAUGUGAAUAAGAGCUCGCUUCAACGCAAUACCGAAGCAACUACAUGCA